AAUGGUGGAGCCCGGGGCAGAGGACUUCUCAAUGGACAGAGAACACUCUUUUUAAAUAUACUUUUCAAAGAAACAGUGGAGCUAAACGAGAUACAACAACCACUUUGGAUAUUCUUUUUGAAGCGAUGUAGAGCUUUAAACUUAGUUUCCCGGGCAUUUGCAGCACACUUUGAGCUGUAGUUGUAGCGCUUUAGUGUGUGUUUUUUUUCCCCCGGAGUAGUUUCCUGUUGGUCCCUGGAAAAGAAGAGAAGGGGAAAGUUUACUCCCGCUUGUUUUGGAUCCGCAUGUAUUCCAAAGUACCGGGGAAUUAAAGUAGCUAUAGAUGUUUUAAAAAAUCCUGGCGAGUUUCCAGAAGUUAGUGCGGAUAACCUGGUGACUAAAGUUACUACAGCCGCCUCCCGUGGAAAAGACAGCACUGAAUUGGACUCACGCUAUGCCCAACAAAGAAAACCUCUCAACAACUGGACAAGUUAUAAUUUAGUAACCAGCAGCACACUCCGGCAUUUAACAUUUUCGGACUCGUAGGGUUGGAGGAAAUAAACACUCACGCCAGGAUGGAAAGGGAAUUCUAAAGGAGUCGUGUGGCAAACAAAGGAGAACACCUCUGUCGGACUGAAUACCGCCGAGCAAAGGGAAAGCCUUGAGAGAAAUGGAGGAGGAAGGCUCGCUUGAACCAAACAAGAUACUGGCAAGGGUCUCGUUUCUGUCUUUAACGGGGACCUUUUCAUAACAAAGCUACUCGGUAGCUAUCAACUAGCUAGCUAGCACACCCAUCUGCCCCGUUUAGUAUCGAAACAUUCUUUCCAAUGCUGCAGUGGUUUUCUAAUCGUGUGUGAAAAUGAGGGUGGAUCUGUUGCAGUUGUUUGUGAUUUUGCUGCUCGGUGGCGGCGGUUCGGCGGUAUCAUCUGAUUGCAAAUCAUAUGAUGAACGCUCGAAAAGCGGUGGGAAAAGCCUGCCGUCCGACAGGAAAGUGGUCUGCAGCAACAUGGAGCUCCAUCAGGUGCUACCCCCGGACUCCUUCCCCAACAGGACAGUCACGCUAAUUUUAAACAACAAUAAGAUUCAAGAACUCAGAAAUGGAUCCUUCUUCGGAUUGUCUACUUUGGAAAAAUUGGACCUGCGGAGUAACGUGAUCAGUCGUAUCGAACCAGGCUCUUUUCUCGGAUUGCCAGCACUCAAAAGACUGGACUUGUCCAACAACAGCAUCGGCUGUCUCAACGUAGACAUCUUCACGGGCCUCACCAGUUUGAUCAGACUAAACCUUUCAGGGAACAUGUUCUCUUCGUUGGCUCAGGGGACCUUUGACAGCUUGGUGUCUCUGAAGUCCUUGGAGUUUCAGACGCCGUACCUGCUGUGUGACUGCAACCUCCUGUGGCUGCUGCGUUGGAUCCAAGACAGGAACAUCGCGGUCAAGAACACCAAGUGCUCCUUCCCCCAGUCUCUCCAGGGCCAGCUCAUUACCUCCAUCAGGCCGGAGCUCCUCACCUGCGACGCUCCACUCGAGCUGCCCUCCUUCCAGCUGACUCCGUCCCAGCGUCAGGUGGUCUUUCAGGGGGACAGCCUGCCCUUCCAGUGUCAGGCCUCCUUCGUGGCCGAGGACAUGCAGGUGCUGUGGUACCAGAAUGGCCGCAUAGUCAAAGCCGACGCCGCCCAAGGCAUCUUCAUUGAAAAGCGCAUGGUGCAGAACUGCUCUCUCAUUGCUAGUGCGUUGACCAUCUCAAACAUCCAGCCCGGUUUUACUGGGAACUGGGAGUGCCGGGUCCGGACAAGCAGAGGCAACACCACCAGGACUGUCCACAUUGUGGUGUUGGAGAGUUCUGCUGAGUACUGUGCUCCUGAACGCGUCUCCAACAACAAGGGAGAGUUCAAGUGGCCGCGCACCCUGGCAGGGAUCCGAGCCUACCUCCCCUGCAACAGACUGGCAUCCAGCCCUGGCACCUACUCAGGCAGCCCGGGGGAAGAGCAGCGGGCGUGGCGUUACUGUGAUCGCAAGGGGCUGUGGGCGGAGGAGGACUACUCCCGCUGCCAGUUCCAGAAAGAUGUCACAAGAUUUCUAUAUGUCAUCAACCAGAUGCCUUUGAAUGAGAGCAACGUGGUGGCCAGGGCUCGCCGCCUGCUGGUGUACACUAUCGAUGCGGCAAACUUCUCCGACAAGAUGGACAUCAUCUUCGUGGCUGAGAUGAUUGAGAAGUUUGGCAAGUUUGUUGAGAAGUUUAGAGAUCUGGGUGAGGUGAUGGUAAGCAUGGCCAGUAACCUGAUGCUGGCCGACGAGAGGGUGCUCUGGAUGGCUCAGCGUGAAGCCAUGGCCUGCUCCCGCAUCAUCGCCUGCCUCCAGAAGAUCGCUGUCUACCGUCUGGCAACGGCACAGGUCUUCUCCCUGACAUCCCCCAACAUAGCACUGGAGGCUCACGUUGUCAGGGCCAACGACUGGAAUGGCAUGGCCUGCAUGUUGUUCCAGAGGCCCAGCCCAGAGCGCACACCCGGACAGGACCGCCAACUCACCUUCAAAUGCAACACAACCAGCUCCUUCUCCAGCAUCCUUCACAAGAGUACCAUUGUGGAGGCUUCCCUGCAGCUACCUCAGUCUCUGUUCAGCCAGGCUGCAGUCCCGGGGCAGGCCGAGGACACGGUCUACAAGCUCCAUCUACUGGGCCUCCGCAACGGCAAGUUUUUUCCCUCUACCAGCAACUCCUCCCAACUGGCUGAUGGUGGCAAGAGGAGGAGUGUUGCCACCCCUGUCAUCAUGGCCAAGAUAGACGGCAUGUCCGUUCGUGUCCUGAGGACGCCCGUUAACAUCACCCUGCGGCGGUUCGCCCGUGGCUCAGAUGCUGUGUCCGCCUGCUGGAACCUGAGCCUGGUGGGAGGCCACGGAGGAUGGCAGAGCGACGGCUGCCGCAUCAUGGGCCAUCAUGACAACUUCACCACCAUAUCCUGCAACUCUCUUGGCAACUACGGCCUGCUGAUGGACCUCAGCAGUGUGGAGUAUUUAUCUCCAAGCAUCCAGCCUCUGCACCCAGUCAUCUACGCCACUACUAUCAUCCUACUUAUCUGCCUGCUCACCAUUAUCAUCAGCUACAUCUACCAUCACAGGUCUGUGCGCGUGAGCCGCAAGUUUUGGCACAUGUUGGUCAACCUCUGCUUCCACAUCUCCCUCACCUGCGGGGUCUUUGUUGGCGGCAUCAAUCAAACGCAAUACGCAAGCGUGUGCCAAGCAGUGGGCAUCUUGCUGCACUAUUCGACUCUGGCUACCGCUCUGUGGGUGGGUGUGACUGCACGCAACAUUUACAAACAGGUGACACGCAAGGCCAAACGCUAUGAAGAGCUGGACGAGCCUCCGCCACCACCGCGCCCUAUGCUGAGGUUCUACUUAAUCGGUGGAGGGAUACCCAUCAUUGUCUGCGGGAUCACUGCAGCAGCUAACAUCAAAAACUACGGCAGCCGGGCCAAUGCACCAUAUUGCUGGAUGGCGUGGGAGCCCAGUAUCGGGGCUUUUUAUGGCCCAGUGGGAUUCAUCAUCUUCGUGGACUGCAUGUACUUCCUCAGCAUCCUGCUCCAGUUGCGCCGCCACCCUGAGCGCCGUUACGAGCUCAAGGAGCCGACCGAAGAGCAGCAGCUUCUGGCUCCAGCCAACACGGAGGCCGGGCCAGAUGGUCCCAGCAGCCAGUGCCACCCCCUCACUCUCCAGCUCGAGCCCCACGAGGUGUCGUCCUCCAUAGUGUCUGCUCCCCACACUGUGCCCCUGUCGGCCCUGGAGAAUGAGCACACCUUCGCUGCUCAGCUGAUGGGUGCAGCCGGGGCGUUAGGGCUGUAUGCGGCCCUCUGGGUGUUCGGGGCCAUGGCUGUGUCACAGGACCACCCCUUUGACUUAGCUUUCACCUGCCUGUUUGGGGUGGCCGCACUGGCACUGGGGGCGUUCAUGGUGGCGCAUCACUGUGUCAACAGGCAGGAUAUGAGGCGCUAUUGGUCCCAGGCCUGUUGCUCUGGGAGACGAGCUUACUCUGCACAGGAGGAUGCCCUUCUGCCUCAGCCGGGCGUGGCCAUGACAUCCACAGCAGGAUCUGCAAGCAAGGCAGAUGGGGAGUCAACAAGGUGUGGCCAGAGCAGUGCGGACUCUUCUUACACAAAUAAGAGCGCCCCAAGCGUGCGCAACUCCGCCCACGGCAGCAAGCUGACCAACCUGCACGCAGAGGCAGCCCAGUGUAAGUCCGCCUCGGCACCGGUGACCGCAAACGGCACAGCCGUUUUGGACAACAGCCUGACGGAACAUUCACUAGACAAUGAAAUUAAAAUGCACGUAGCGCCAGUUGAGGUGCAGUUCCGCCCGAUGAACAACAACAAUCCGACGGCUGCCACGAACGGACACACGAGCAGGCAUCACAAAAACCGAGCACGGGCUCACAGGGCGAGUCGGCUAACUGUGUUGCGAGAGUACGCCUACGACGUCCCCACCAGCGUGGAGGGCAGCGUGCAGAGCGCCCCCCACAGGCGGCACCACCAUUAUGACGUAGCGGCACGCAAUAGCCGAAGGGCAGCCUACAUGGCCUACAGAGAGCGGCAUCAGAGCCAGCUGCAGCAGGACAGCAGUGACAGCGCCAGCCUGCCGCGCCGCUCCCGCCACGCAGAUAAAGGAAGCGGCAGCACCCUGGGGAACGGGACAGCGGUCACGGAAGAGACUGAGCAGGUGGCUACUGCUGCUGGGUCAAGCUCCAGUAAAGAAUCCGAGCCUGUACCGCAGCCCAGCAGCACAGAACUGGAAAGCCAGCCCAAGUCGUAUGGGCUCAACCUCGUCACUCAAAAUGGUGGCACACUUAAAGAAAAUGGACAAGCAGUGCCUUUAAUUAACACAGAGAGUGCAGCCAGUAUAAAGACUGGCUUGUGGAAACAUGAAACUACUGUGUAGCGACAGUUUCCAUCCCAAAGACUGCAUUGUGAUAAGAUCUCGCCUUUAAACUGUGAAAUGUCUUUUUUUUUCUUCUUCUUUUUUUUCGAUUGUACAUUUAUUUUAUGUACAAACAAAUCAUUACUGCCACUGAACUAUCUUUUGUAGAUAUGUUUUUGUAAAUGGUUUAUUUUUAUAACUUGUAAUCUCAACUUUAAGAGUUCUGUACAUGAAACUGCAUGGUCUGAGCUGUGGCCCUGUGAGUACCCUUACCCCCGGGGAUUUAUUUCCAUUUUCUAGUUUGUCCCAACGAUAAUAAAUCAAAAGUUCCGUUUACCUAA